GCCGACCGCAACUCCGCCCUGUCCACGGAGGCGCCUCUCGCUCCGGUCACCAUGCAGCGCCGCGUCCGCACCGAUCUCGAUGAAUCCAUUCCUAAACCCUGGGUGGAUGCCGUCACUAUAUUUCCCAAUAUACAUAGAAAACAUACACAAGAACAAGCACGGCAGCGACACCGGGACGUACGACGCGGAGGGCCGGUACCUUCCGGCGAACUUCGAGAACAUCUUCAGCAAGUACGCCCGCACGGCGCCGCCGGACAAGCUCACGCUGGCGGAGCUCUGGGAGAUGACCCAAGCCAACCGCAACACGUUCGACCUCUUCGGGUGGGUCGCCGCCAAGCUCGAGUGGGGUUUCCUGUACUUGCUCGCCCGCGACCCCGACGGCUUCCUCUCCAAGGAGGCCAUCCGGCGGUGCUACGACGGCAGCUUGUUCGAGUACUGCGCAAAGAUGAAGAAGGGGCUUGAACGCAAGACGGAGUAGUACGUCCGUACGUGUUUAUGUUGACGAAGAUGGAAUUAAUUAAGGCCGUGUUUAAUUUUAUCUUAAAUCUUAAUUAAUAAAGGGUGUAGUGCUGUGACAGUAAUUAUGCCAGUUCUUUUGGUCUAUGAUUAAAUUUUACGGAUAAACCUGACAAAAAAUGAUUCCAUAUGUCUUUGACCCGAAACCGAAUCCAAAAAUAUUGGAUUUUUGAACAAAUGUUCUAUUGACCGAAUCCGAAGUUGAUCGAAUCCAAAAUGUCCCGUUAAAAUGAGUCAAAUUCGAUCAAACUCAAAUCGAUCUGAAAACACUGAAUUUUGAAUAAAGGUUUUGUUGACCU